GGGCCUGCGCCCGGGCCUUUGGGCCCCGAGGUUGCGGUGUCACGCAGUUUUCUCUGAUUGCGUCUGUGGCAGCGGCGGCGGCGGCGGCUGCGGCGGCGGAUGCGACAGCUACCCAAUGGUCCAGUUGUAACCCGAAGCCACUUUUCUUCAAGGUUGCCCCAAAGCAGCAAUGUCGCCGCCGCCGCCGCCGCCGCCUGACUGGCGCCUUCUUGGCUUCAGCUUGUUGGUAGGCUCCUUCUGCUUCGCCCUGGAGUCCGCAGCUCAAGGCAACUCUGCUACAGAUGCUCUGAAUGUCCUUCUGAUCAUUGUGGAUGAUCUUCGCCCCUCCCUGGGCUGUUAUGGCGAUAAGCUAGUGAGGUCCCCAAACAUUGACCAGCUAGCAUCCCACAGCAUUCUCUUUCAGAAUGCCUUUGCACAGCAAGCAGUGUGCGCGCCAAGUCGAGUGUCCUUCCUCACUGGAAGGAGGCCUGACACCACCCGCCUGUAUGACUUCAAUUCCUACUGGAGAGUACACUCGGGGAAUUUUUCCACCAUCCCCCAGUACUUCAAGGAGAAUGGCUACAUGACCAUGUCGGUUGGGAAAGUCUUUCACCCUGGUAUCUCUUCCAAUCACAGUGAUGAUUCUCCGUAUAGCUGGUCUUUUCCACCUUAUCAUCCAUCAUCAGAGAAAUAUGAAAACACUAAGACAUGUAGGGGACAAGAUGGAAAACUCCAUGCCAACCUGCUUUGUCCUGUGGAUGUGGCAGAUGUGCCCGAGGGCACCUUGCCUGACAAACAGAGCACUGAGGAAGCCAUUCGGUUGUUGGAAAAGAUGAAAAUAUCAGCCAGUCCUUUCUUCCUGGCAGUUGGGUAUCACAAGCCACACAUCCCCUUCAGAUACCCUAAGGAAUUUCAGAAGUUGUAUCCCUUGGAAAACAUAACCCUGGCUCCUGAUCCUCAGGUCCCUGAUGGCCUACCACCUGUGGCCUACAACCCCUGGAUGGACAUCAGGGAGCGGGAAGAUGUCCAAGCCUUAAACAUCAGUGUGCCCUAUGGCCCAAUUCCUGUGGAUUUUCAGCGGAAAAUCCGUCAGAGCUACUUUGCUUCUGUGUCCUAUUUGGAUACUCAGGUUGGGCAUCUUUUGAGUGCUUUGGAUGAUCUUCAUCUAACCAGCAAUACAAUUAUUGCUUUCACUUCUGAUCAUGGGUGGGCCCUAGGUGAACACGGAGAAUGGGCUAAAUACAGCAAUUUUGACAUCACUACACGUGUGCCACUGAUGUUCUAUGUUCCUGGAAAGACAGCCCCACUUCCUGGAGUAGGCGAGAAGCUUUUUCCUUACCAGGACCCCUUUGAUCCCACCUCAAAAUCGAUGGAUCCAGGUGGGCAUGUCACGGACCUUGUGGAACUUGUAUCUCUCUUCCCCACACUUGCUGGACUUGCCGGACUACAAGUUCCUCCUCGGUGCCCCAUCCCUUCUUUUCAUGUUGAACUCUGCAGAGAAGGCCAGAAUCUCCAGAGGCAUUUACAGCUCCAUGACUUGGAAGAGGAUCCACACUUUCUUGGUAAUCCCCGGGAGUCAAUUGCCUAUAGUCAGUACCCCCGGCCUGCAGAUUCCCCUCAGUGGAAUUCUGACAAGCCAAGCUUAAAAGAUAUAAAGAUCAUGGGCUACUCUAUACGUACAAUAGACUAUAGGUAUACAGUGUGGGUUGGCUUUAAUCCUGCUGAAUUUUUGGCUAAUUUUUCUGACAUCCAUGCAGGGGAACUCUAUUUUGUGGAUUCUGACCCACUGCAGGAUCACAAUAUAUAUAAUGACUCCCAACAUGGAGAUCUUCCCCACUCAUUGAAGCCUUGAGUUCUGCCAGCCUCGGAGGACCGCAUAUGUGUCCUCUUGCCCCCUUCUGUCUCAUGAAAGGUGGCAUUAGAGGUGGCUAUCUUUUUUUUUUUUUUAGAGGUGGCUAUCUUUUACUGCCUAUUGUAUUAGAUAUAACCUUAGUGGGUAGCAAGUAGCAAUCAAAACAGCAUCAUCAGUUUGGCUUAGGACUAUGUGGCAGACAAAUCUUUUCAUUUAGUUCUUCUUAAGUUAUAAUUGAUCAUUGGAUUUAGGCUAGGCUGAAGCACUUCCAUUUUAAAAGCACUCAUCACUUAAGUAAGUACAAAAGUGAACUUAACAAAAUGUAAUCAUACCUUUGUAUAUGUAAUCCAUGGUAGCCAAGAAUAGUACUGUACUAAAGAAAUAAUUUACUGUUGAAUUUAGUGCAUUUCAGAAAGUGGCCAUAUUAUCUUCGGUAGCCCAGUGUAGUCAAAACACGUUAACAUGGGAUUUAGUUCUUUCUCAAAUAUGAAAUUAAGUUCUAUUUCUAUAAGCAACUUCUAUAUGGUCUAUGAUCAACUUUUGUUUAUAAGACUACAGAUUUCAAAAUGAAAGAUAAAAUACACAUGGGAUUAUUAAUGCAGCAUUUCUUCAUUAAAUAAUAAGUAGUGCUUAGUAAAGUAUGAAUAAAGGUACAAAAUUCAGUUAACUAUUUCAGUACUUGCUGACCCAAAUAAUAAUUUGCUAGUAAAUAGUAUAACUCUUGAACUUGGUAUCUGUUAAAAAGUCUGUUAUUCACAAUGAAAAGCAUUUAAAAUGUAACUAUACCCAUGAUUUGAAUCAUUCAAAAUCAUAUUCCUAUUCCUAGUUAGAGAAUUGCAAAUACCCACUUAUCCUGGAGGCAGUAGCUAUUCUACUUCUACUUUUUGGUAAAGAAAACAUAAACUUAUGAAGUGUACAUUAUCUUUUGGCUUGUGGAAACUUUAGGGUAUAAGUAAUUUUCAGAAUGUACUUCUGCAUUCCCUGAAUAUUCCCUAAAUAUGGAAGUAAUAAGAAGGUAUGUAAUAGGGCUAAGGUUAUUUCAUUACCUACCCUUGUUUAAAAAAAAGUCAAUUCUGUAAUGUGCUGAAAACUGUUCAGUUAUCAUUAAUCAACAGCUUUCUAACAUACAGUGCUUUUAGUCUUGUAUUAAAUGAGUAAUUUCAAUAAUUUUCUCCUUAAAAAUGCCUCAGUCUUUCAAAGUAAAUGUUUUAAACACAAAAUAUAGCAAAUAGUUAAGUAGAUUUAAUUAUUCUUGUAUAUUAAAUUGUAACCCAAAAGCCAAGAUAUUAUUUUUAAGUCUGUAAAAUCUCAAAGACAGAUUGUUUUUACGAGCUGACCUACAGUAGAGGGGUAACUGAUAGCAUAGUUAUUUUCCUGAGCAAUCAAGUGACUGUCUUGGCAACAGCAAUUUGUAUUUGGGGAUUGAUGGUCCCAUUCGUCUCUCCUGAUCCCUACAUUUGCCUCUCAUCUAGAAACUGGCUUUUGUAGAUGGUUUAUUUCAGUUUCUUCUUGUUCUUCAUCUUUAUUGCUCUCAUUGUAUUUACUCAGUGCCAUUUUUGCAAUUUAGAAGUUCUUCACAGCAUGUUUUUAUCUUGCUUAGCUUCAUCUCUUACUCCACAGUUAUAGGGACAGAUUUUGAUAAAAGGUUUUUUUAUUUUACAUUCAUUUAUUGUUUCUGUUUGAUCAUAGUAUAUACAUUUCAGUUUUCUUAUUUUAUCUCCUGAAUCACAGUUUUAGUGUCAGCCCCCUCCAAAUUCUGCCUCUGAUGAAAUCAUAAGCCCAGUGGUGCUAUCCACAUAGUAGUUACAAGACAUUUGUGAUUAUUCAAAUUUAAAUUCACUGACAUGAAAUAACAUUUUAAAUGAUUUCCGGUACAUCAUAAUUCAAGUGCUCAGUAGCUAGACAUAGAGCUUUUCCAUCAUAGCAGACUAUUCUACUGGGCAGAACUAUCCUGGAUUUCAACUGAUUAGCAGGUUUCUACUGUCAUGCACUUGCCCACAAUGAGCAAACUAUGUUUUGUAUAGGCAUAGAGUAGGAAGUUUGCUGUGGCCAUCAGCCUCUUCCUUUCAUUCUCAUCACCAUUGCCUCUCUCCUUUUUCCUCUCCUUCCCAAAUUGUUUACCUCCCCCCUUUUCCCUCCCCUGUUCCUUAAGGAAUCCAUGUGUCUUCCUAAAAAAUUCCUCUUGACCCUGCCCUUUGAGAACACCGUCAGUGCCUACUAAGGGUCUAGAAAGACCUCCGCUGAGCAGUCAGAGUCUUCCCUGGCUCCACAAUGCCCCUUUCCUUGGCUAACUUUUCCUUGCCAAUCCCUGCCUUCCUGGCCCUUCUAGCUUGUGCCUUCACUUCUUUGCUCCAACCACUUCAUGGUCAUUCUUCAUAGCCUGGCUCCCCUACCCCACUGCUUAGAGGCUGAGGCUUCUGGGACUCUUUAGAUUGUAUUUUAGGGAAACUGAAUGCUUUUAAAAAAAUCUAUUUACUUCACAUUUUAAAAGGCGCUUUUUAUCAUCAUGAAUUUUAUGUGUUAAUUAUAGAAAAAUUGGAAAUCAGAAAUGUAAUAAAACACAAGAAAAUGUCUGAGUGCUUGCUUUAUCCUGAGAUUGUCAUGUAAUAACUUGUUCUUUUGGGUGUAUGGAUGUUUACCAUUUCUUGAUCCUCUAUGUUCUUUAUAAUACAAUUUCUGUUCUUACGUUUUCUCUCAAUAUUAUGUAUGGUUUUUUAGUGACUUUCUCAGAUAUUUUAUAUUGCUGGUAAUAUGUUUUAUUGUAUAGUUUUAUUGUAAUUUUCUUAACCUUCUUUCAGUUAUUGGAAAUUUAGGUUAUUUCCAAAUUUUUAGUGUUACACAUAAUGCUAUGAUCAACUUUGUGAAUAAAAUGUUAGGUUUCAAAGUAUUACCAUAGGAUGGUCUCUCACUGCCGAGUCAUCGAAAGCAGCUCUAUUUUGUCCUUUAUUGCUGAUAUAGCAUACUAAAGUUAGAAAACAGAGUCAACAAGCCUAUACAUAAAACCAUAGCAUCGAGAAAGCAAGCCUGUGGUCCAAAAUAAUAGGUGAAAGUUGUAUCCUGCUUUGACUUCUGAUUCUUUGCAUAUUAAUGAGCCAUUACUCUCUCUGUGUGACAGUUGAGCUUUGCAUUUCUAGUUGUCUGACUUUGUGUGGUCAUAUUAUGGGUUACCUUUUAAUAUAAUAAAAUAAAUUGCUCUUUU